GCGACGACUGCGUGACGGCGGGGGUUGUUGUCUUGUGCGGUGGGAUGACCGUGGUGGAGGUAGUGGUGGAUGAAGGCAGGGGUGUGGAUGACGUGCUAGCAGAGAGGGCGGUGGAUGUGGAGGUAGGGGAUAGGGGAAGGGUGGUGGAACCCGAGUGUGGGGGGGUACGUGGUGGUGAUGAUCUCGAUCGCGGGGGAGGCCUGUUGUUGUGCGACGGUGGUUAUCCGUUGGGAAAGGUCGGAGAGGGAUGCUUGGAGGGAAUCGAGGGUGGCUUGCAUGGUAGUCAUGAGGGAGAGGAGGGCGGAAGAGUCAACGGGGGUCGCUUGGGUGGCAGCCUGUUGACCAAUGAGGUCCGGACGAAGGCUAUCAACGGACUGGGUGUUGAUGGAGGAAAUAUUAAUGCUAGAUUUCGCGACCAUCGCGAAGGAAACGGAGGGUUAUCAACAGGAUCUAGUUUGCAGGUUCCUGUACAAACAGUGUUUACCCAAUCUCCGUUGCAGGUUGCGGUUACCACGCAACCUGCUGUCUCGCAGCCUGUACAGCCGCAGGGUACACAGCCCCAGCAGCUAGCACAGCAGCCUGUGUCACAGGGUCCACAACCCGGAGUGGUGCAGGGACCGGGACAAGCACAGUGGGUACCAAAGAUGACCAUCGCCGCUCCUAAACCCUUCACAGGGGAUAAGAGAGGCGAAGACCUCGACACUUGGUUGAGGGCAGUGCCGGUCUAUGUCAAGUGUAAACUCACCUUGCCGCACGAGGAAGUGCUUGUGGCUGCAUCCUACCUAGAGGGUAGUGUAGCAAGAUGGUUGAGCGGUUUAGUACAGCUGCAGGGAUACGGUCAUGACUUUCGCGCUUGGGCGGUUACCCAGCAAUUGGAUGACUUCCUCAAGUUGGUGGAAGAAAGGCGGCAUGAUCCUCAGGAGGCCCAAAAGGCCACUGAUGCGAUCCUGAUACUGCACACGUGGCAGUUUAAGUCAGUGAGGGAGGCCACCGACGCUGUAGAGCGUCUGAUCUGUGUCCCUGGGGUGCGCUAUGACCCCCAGGUUUUACUCACCUCCUACCUGAGACGCUUUCCUAUGCCUCUCAGGAAUCAGUUGGCAGGUGAGGCCAACAUCAAUGUUCACAACUUCCCCUCGUUUAGCAAGAAGGCCCUAGACCUUGAGGCGAAGAUAGGGCAUGGACAUCAUCCCACAACGGACGGUACGAAGAAAACACUGCCUCCCAACUGGAAGGCAAAGGGCCGCAUUAUGUUUGUUGAUAACGAUGGUUCAACCAUCGAGUUAGACGACAACUUCCAGGAGGGAGUAGGUUCAGAGGCUAGCAGCGUAGAAGCUUCAGGGGGUGGAGUUGUCGCUGUUGUAGCUCAGAAAGGUAAGGCGACCGGUAGACGCCGUGGAGGCUCCCGGUCAAGAAGUCAAGUUGACCCCAACGCUCCCCCAUGGGAGAAGGCGGGUCUCACAGAGGACGUGUGGAGAGAUCGGUAUACACGGCAGACCUGCAUUCGUUGUGGUCAAUAUGGCCAUAACCAAUACAAGUGCCGCAACAAGAAGGCAACCGAUAAGAUCCCGCCUACGAUGGGGCAGGCGUUGGGAUCCUCCCAUCCCGUUGGUAGCAAUGUAGCUAGUACUUUUGGCACUGCUUUGGGAAACACGUCGGGCCAGUACGGUCUGUACGAGUUUGUGGUGAUGCCUUUUGGCCUUUGCAAUGCUCCUGACACCUUUCAGCACGCUAUGAAUCGGAAAUUUCAUGACUACUUGGAUAAAUUUGUCAUCGUGUACCUCGAUGACAUACUUAUUUUUAGUAAGACUGUCGAGGAGCACGUUGCACACCUGGACAAAGUCCUCGGUCUCCUACAACAGCACAAGUUCAAGAUCAACGGUGAGAAGUGCGAGUUUGGCCGCACCCGUGUCUUGUACUUGGGUCAUGAGAUCUCCGCGGAAGGGUUGAAGCCCGAUGACGCGAAGGUGGCCAGCAUUCGUGAUUGGCCACGUCCUCAGUCUGUGACUGAGAUGAGAUCUUUCUUAGGGAUGACAGGCUACUAUGGGACUUUUGUUAAGAACUAUAGCAUAGUGGCCGCUCCUUUGACUGAUCUAACCCGGCUUGACACCCCAUGGGAAUGGACAGAUGGGUACGAGGCUGCUUUUAGACAUCUGAAGCAUGCGUUGACGCACUACGAGGUCUUGAAACUUCCCGAUCCUGACAAGCCGUUUGCAGUCACCAUGGAUGCCAGCCAAUAUGGCAUUGGCGCCGUGCUUGCGCAGCAGGAGCGGCCAAAGUUGAGGCCUGUCAAGUACAUGUCCAAAAAGAUGUUGUCUCAGUAGUUGGCAAAGUCCACCUAUGAGAAGGAACUUUAUGCGGUGUACAAGGCUCUGACCCAUUGGAGGC